AUGGCAACAUACGCUCUAUCGCCGUCUCACCGAGACCAACUCGAGAAAUCUCUGGCAGAGUCCGAUCCAGAGAUUGCUGAGAUUAUGAAAAAGGAGAUUCAACGCCAACGAGAGUCAGUCGUUCUGAUCGCUUCUGAAAACUUUACCUCCCGUUCUGUGUUCGAUGCUCUGGGAUCGCCCAUGUCAAAUAAAUAUUCCGAGGGUUACCCCGGCGCCAGAUAUUAUGGCGGAAACCAACACAUCGACUCCAUUGAGCUUACCUGCCAGUCGAGGGCUCUCAAGGCGUUCAGCCUGGACCCAGCCAAGUGGGGUGUCAACGUACAGGCCUUGAGUGGAAGCCCUGCCAACCUGGAAGUUUAUCAGGCCUUGAUGAGACCACACGACAGACUGAUGGGUUUGGAUCUUCCUCACGGAGGACAUCUGAGCCAUGGAUAUCAGACCCCACAGAAAAAGAUUUCCGCUAUUUCGACAUAUUUUGAAACUUUCCCAUAUCAAGUCGACCUCGAGACUGGCAUCAUCGAUUAUGACACCCUCGCCAAAAACGCCAAGCUUUACCGACCAAAAUGUCUAGUUGCAGGCACUUCCGCAUACUGCCGUUUAAUUGAUUACAAGAGGAUGCGUGAGAUCGCUGACUCCGUCGGCGCUUACCUGAUUGUCGACAUGGCUCAUAUUGCCGGCCUCAUUGCUGCUGGUGUCAUCCCAUCUCCGUUCGAGUAUGCUGACGUGGUCACCACUACAACCCACAAGUCCCUCCGUGGCCCCAGAGGAGCCAUGAUCUUCUUCCGCAAGGGUGUUAGAAGUGUCGACCCCAAGACUGGAAAGGAAACCAUGUACGACCUCGAAGGUCCCAUUAACUUCUCCGUCUUCCCUGGCCACCAGGGUGGGCCCCAUAACCACACAAUCACCGCAAUGGCUGUUGCGUUGAAGCAAGUCGAUACCCCAGAGUUCAAGCAAUAUCAACAACAAGUGCUGAAGAAUGCUAAAGCCCUCGAGGAAGAAUUCAAGAGACUGGGCUACAAACUCGUCUCUGACGGAACAGAUAGUCACAUGGUCCUUCUGGAUCUGAGGCCAAAGGCCCUUGACGGUGCCCGGGUCGAGGCCGUCCUGGAACAGAUCAACAUUGCCUGCAACAAGAACUCCAUCCCUGGUGAUAAAUCCGCAUUAUCACCCUGCGGCAUUCGAAUUGGUGCCCCAGCCAUGACCAGCCGUGGCAUGGGCGAGGAGGACUUCAAGCGCAUCGCCAACUAUAUCGACAAGGCUAUCGAUAUCUGCAAGAGCGUCCAAACCGGCUUGCCCAAGGAGGCUAACAAGCUUAAGGACUUCAAGGCUAAGGUGGCCAGUGAAAGCAUUCCGGAGAUUUUGGAUCUGCGCAAAGAGAUGGCCGCAUGGGCCAGCACUUUCCCUCUGCCAGUCUAA